CCAGGCCUAGGCUUUAAAGAGACGAGAUAUGGAGGAUGGAAUAGAUGCUGAUGUCUUGAUGGACUAUGUUGAAUUUCAAAUUUUCCCAAGCCAGAACAGGUAUGAGUCACAUAUCUGCUACGGCAACAAGUUAGUAACAGCGGCCUCUGGACUUCUGGAGCAGUUGAUACUUCAUUCUCCCAAAAUCAAAUCUUUGCACUCAAAGGGAUCAGAUGCCAAUUUCAGAUUUAGACCUCUAGGGAAUCUUAGUGAUGCUAAAUGGUUUACAAAAUCCACAUUGAUCAGGUUUCUUCGUAUUAUCAGCUCAUCACCUAUAAUUGAUAUGGCCAAGGCCAUGGUAAAUGAAAUAUCUCAGCUUGAAGAAACUCGGAAAUUUCAUGUUUCUUUAUAUUCAAAGGGUCCUCAGGAUCGUAUUGGGAGUGGGGAAGCAGCAGAAUGCGAUUACUCAAGUGGUGCAGUGUCAUCGUUACAGCAAGAAGAUGAUAGCGCUUCAUCAGAUGCUUCCAAAAAUGAAUUGCUGAGGGCAAUGGAUUUGAGGUUGACUGCUUUAAAAGGGGAAUUAGCUGCUGCUUUAAACCAAGCUGCUGGCACUACAUGCUCUUUUGAAGAUAUUCUUAACAUAGAAAAGUUCUCUUACUAUUUUGGAGCUGUUGAAUUGAGGAACUGUCUGCAGAAGUUUAUUGCUGUGAGCGAAGAGAACAGGGCUAUUGGCUUUCCGAGUAAAGAGUUGUCCCUUUCAAAAGUUGAUGUCACAAAUGACAAGGUUGGUUCAGAAGGGGGCAAUUCUCAAACAUCUGGACCACCAAAGUUGGAUACACCAGUGAAGUAUAGUGCUUCCCCUGCAAAAGCUGCACAGAUGGAGAGGCAAAACUCAUCAGGAACUGAAGAAUCUUCUUGUUCAAGUGAGGAGGAACAACCAUCAGGGGAAAGAAGUCGGACUCUCAUAAGAUCUGCAUCUCCGAGAAGGUCUGCAUCUCCAAUGCGAAGAGUCCAAAUCGGGCGGUCUGGGUCACGAAGAUCCACUGCUAUAACGAUUAAGAGUCUAAAUUACUUUCCUGCCAGAGAAAGGUCUCUCUCUCAUAAAGAUGAUGCUGCUAGCGGUAGUGAUGAAGAAGAUUCUGAGCAAACCUCAAAAAAGGCUGAGAAGAAUGCCUGUAGAAUGAGUGUGCAAGAUGCAAUCAGUCUCUUUGAGAGCAAACAGAAAGGGCAAGCUGUUGAUUAUCAAAGGACAAAGUCACUAUUAAGUGCGUCAGUUGGUGCUAAUAAAGCGGUUUUGAGAAGAUGGAGUUCAGGUGUGUGUGAAAACUUUAAAGGCUCUGUUGAUGUUGCUUUUGAUGAUCCAGUUUCCGAGGCUAUCAAUAAAUUAGAAAAUCAAGAAACUGAGACUAUUUUGGAAAAGAAACCCGAUUCAUAUCCUCCUCCCGUAAGCCAUGACACCGAGGCGGCUGCUGCUGAUUUCAAACAAAACUUAACUGAAGAAAAAGGAUAUAGUCCAAAUAUUACAACAGAGGGAUCUCUCCCUAACCAAGAUGAAGCAAUGGGUGAAAAGUUAAAUGCCUCAGUUGAAUGGACUCGACAAAAGGAAGCAGAGCUAGACCAAUUGCUUACAAAAAUGAUGGAAACCAAGCCUAGCAAAUAUCGGAACUUGGCAGCAAGUAAUGGAAAAAACCAGAGCCGUUCCGCCGAGCGUCGAGGUGGUUUCUAUGAUCAUUACAAAGAAAAGAGGGAUGAGAAACUUCGUGGUGAAGCUGCUAGGAAUAGAGCAGAGACGGAUAAACAAUUGAAAGCAAUGCAACAAAUUCUUGAUGAAAGAAAAGCUGAAAUUGUCACAGGAAAUGCAAAUAAUGUUAGUAAAAAAACAAAUAUUAAGAGAACCCAGAGAACAGUCAAGAAAUCCCCUGAAUCCACAAAUACCAAGGAUGAAACUCCCAAACCUGCUGUUGCAAAGAAAGCUUCAUCAAAAGCAUCGCAACUGCCAGCAACACGGAAGUCAUGGCCGUCUUUGCCGUCACCAAGAGUUGCAGGGAUAUCAACUGCUAAAACUCCUUCUAUAACAAAUUCUGCAGGUACUACUACACCUACCCGUAGAAGAUCACAGCCAACAACAGCAGUUCCUCCGACAAGCCAAAAGGUUGAGAAGAUACAACCCCAAGCAAAAUCUGUGAAAACACCCCCGAGUAAUAUCAGAAAGAAUGUUACAAAUGGGAAUGACAAGAAGCAGCAGACUUUGACAAAAGCUAGCAAACCUUCGAAAGCCAGAGUUCAGCCUACUCCUGGAGAUUCUGCAUCCUCUGCUAAACCUAGACUCGGCAGGGUAACCAAGAAAAGUAGUGUGGUGCCUCUGGAAUCAAAGGAGGCAAAGCCUUUUCUUCGUAAGGGGUCAGGUACUGCAUCUGGUCAUAGUCCAGUCAUAAAGACCAAAGUUUCAUCUCAGCCUGAAAAAUCUUUGAGGGAAUCUACGGACUUUGUUCAAGCUGAGGAGAAUGAAAUUGCCUCUGUUGCUUCUAGUCCUCUUAAUCAACUGCAGGACAAGGGUCUUGAGGAGUUAAAGAUCCAUGAAGAUGAAGACUCUGCAAUUAAGUUAAACAGCCCUCAAAAAUAUGAAGAUAGGGAGAGCUGCAAUAAGGUUACACCAGAUAAUGAAGAUGAUUUUGGAAGGAUGGAAGAGUCUGCACUGAACAGAGAGGUUGAAGAGGAAUCUAACAUUUCUCCUCGCGCCUGGGUGGUGAUAGAGGAGCAGGAGGAUCAAGUCCUUCCAUGUAAUGAUGGUUUUGGUCCUAAUGAAUCUCUGACUGAUGUUACAACUUUAAAAAUCUCAAGUCCACGAGUUCGUCAUUCUCUGUCUCAAAUGUUGCUUGAAGAAAGCAGUGAAGAUGUUAUUGACUGGGGUAAUGCUGAGAAUCCUCCUACCAUGGUUUAUCAGAAGGAUGUGCCGAAAGGAUUGAAGCGGCUUCUAAAGUUUGCUCGUAAGAGUAAGACUGAUUCAAAUUCAACUGGUGUUUCAAGCCCAUCUGUCUUCUCAGAAGGUGAGGAGGAUCCAGAGGAUUCUAAACUUCUCACCAAAAGUAGUUCUGACAAUCUACUGAGAAAGGCUACACUUCAUGCCAAGCAUUCUGGACAACCAAAAAUGUCUUCAGAAGACUAUGAGCUAUCCGCUCAAACAAGUAUUGGCAGAAUUGCUGCUCAGAAACUGCAAGCAAGCCGGCUUUCAGCUCCAGCAAGUACAACAAAAGCAUCGAGAUCAUUCUUUUCUCUUUCAGCAUUCAAGGGAAGUAAAUAAAAAGGUGCUAACUUCCAAUGAGAAAGCAACAGCAGCCCAAUGCAGAGUCUUAAUAUUGUGACUUGCAGCUGUUGCUUCUGACUGUGGAUGGGGGUGUAUGGUUUUUGUUUUCCUUCUGGUGCAUUAUUCUCCCCCGGGUAUGCUGUACACUCCAGAAUACCUCACAAGUAGGGGGAUUACAUUGUUGAAACAUUUGUCUCUGUACUUUGUAAAUUCACUGUUAGAAAUGUAGUUUCUUUUGUAGGAUGAUUGACCACAUUCAAUUUGUUAUCUUUGCACAGAGCAUUUUGCUGUUUCUGACUGAAAAUUUUGCAAAUAUUACUUC